AUGCCUGAGAAAGAGCGACAAGAGACCAGCAUCAAUGUUGCGGACUCACAGAAACCCGCUUGGAUGGAACAAGCACAAGCAGCAGCGGCUGCUGAGAAGCGUUGGCAGCCCUGGAAGAAGAAUGUGGAAGGUGACAAGGUGAAUAGCGGAUUUGAAGGAGAGGAUAAGAUCAAAACACGCUGUGACGACGAUGUGCAACACUCAACCGCUGCUGCUUGA